UUGCAAGAUCCAUGCGUAAGUCUGUUGUUGCCACGUUUUGCUUGUUGUGGCAACGGUUGCUAUGCUGGUUGAUUUAAAGUUUAGUCAAUAACAUUUUUAUUCGUCUUACAUUAAUAACGGCAUCUGUUUCAUUUAAUUAUUCGAAAUGGAGGUAAUGGAAGAUGGAAAUUUAAUGGACAAAGUACAUAUUUUAAUACAAAGGGAUAUGGAAUACUACACGAACAAGCAGACGAUAUUGCAAGAAACAAUAUGCCCUGGUGUGAUUGGGGGGCGCUUGGACUUUCCCAGAUCAGCUUCAUUUGCAUCGGUGAAACUGGUGUUGUGGUGGGAAGAAGAGUACGUUGCAGCUUACAGAAAGUCUUCUGGAUUUCUCCAAAAAACAUCGACUGUGAACAACGGCGGUUCAGAAUCUGCUGCGGGAUGUGGGGGAGUAGUUAAAGCUUCAGAUCCCGUCAAAUUCGUGUCUCUAAUCAGUAAAUCUGCCGAUCAGUUGUUGGAACACCUUCAUGUUUUAACCCAGGAAGCCCUCGAUCAUGCAGAUCUGACCGUAUUGACCGGCACAAUUGGGGCUGCAGCUUUAUUAAAAAACUGCCUGUGGUUUUAUAUUCAAUCCAUGUCCGAUACAAAAGGCAGUCAUGUUGAUCAGCUGCAAACUGGCUACAAAAAGUAUCACGAGAUGUGCGAAGCUUUAGCUGAAAGAUUAUUGGAUCUUCACUGCAGACUUUUGUCCCUGUACAUACUGCAAGAUGCCGAAUGUUUGGAUUGGGAGAAUGAAAAACCCUUCAGUGAAUCGGAAAGGGGCUCUUACGUUAUUCAAAUGUGGUGGUUAUACAUGCAAGGCACCAAGGAUGACCUAUGGAAUACAGUCCCACCCAAAAUGGCUCAAAGGGUGUUUUCUGGAAUGUUAAACGAAUCAUUAACAAUUUUGACUGUCAGAUAUACUCAAAGUACUCCAACGUACGAAAGAAGUAAACUAUUGGUUGUCGACAUAAGUAAUUUACUUUUAUGUAUUGCCCAACUUUUGCCAGCCAUUUGCGAUAGCGCUGAAGAGUUGGUGGGUUUGUCAUUAAACCAAAAAAGUAAAAUUUUACGAGACGUCCACACCAAAUGUCAGCAGUUAUUGAACUGCUUUAUAUUGAGGGGGGCUCCUUUAGACACUUUGUUUAAAGUAUUUAGAAAUGGAAUUGAAAAUGUGGAUCUCCUAAAGUCCAGAAGCAAUGGUCCUCUACCAUGGAUUGUUUUUGCGUUACCGGGCAUUUUUAAAGAGCCCAUCAAAAGUAUUACGAAUAUGGGACAAUUUUCUUCCGAAAUAGCAAUUGCUUUGGAGUUGGUAGUCCUAUUAGCUCAACCACAACCCAAUUGGGCUUUGUUACUGAAGGUGUUAGGAAUGAGGAAUAGCAAAAUUCUAAAGUUGAUACUACAGAUGUCGCUGAAAAUGAAUACAGACGACGUACAAAAAAUAAUACCUAAAACUGAACCAUGUGGUUCUUUUCUUUGUCCCAGCGAUGGUAUUUGCAAGAAUGUAGAUAUAUCAACUACCGUUUUAAACUCCUGUCAUUACUACGAUUUGGCUAUGUCUGCUUCAAACGUUCUAUUGAGCAUUGGAAACAAUAUAGAUUUUGUCGAUAUAUUGCUAGCACCGGUCACCAAACAAGAAUACUGGUCCAAGUGUUUUGAGAGAAGACACGUAUGGAAUCAGAUUCGUCCACCUUGGUAUGAAGCCAUCCUAAACCUCAUAUCUCCAUUACUACCCACAAUCAGCGACAUUGUUAUAAAUGCUGUUAAAACUGAGGCCAGCAUGUAUCAAGCUAUGUCUAUUAUAUUAGCUUGCUUCAGUCAGUUUUGGGAGUGCACAAAUCCUGCUUUGACUAAAAUCGCCUUUCAAAUACAGGAUUUGCUUCCUGCUGAGACUGUACCUUUAAAUCAUUCAGCCAUCAUACAGAUUUUGGUUAGUGCUUUGUAUUCUACAUUACUGUACAAAUCUGAAUCCAAAAAAGUUACAUUCAAAGAGUCAACCCCAACUGAAGAUGAAAAUACUGAAACAACAGAUGAAACUUUGAAUACCGACGAGUCCAUAGCUCUUGCGAUAGCUGAGAAUCUAUGCAGUAUAGAUGAGGAUAACAAACAUACAGAUCAGAUUGAUGAGUUUUUACAGCAGGUCAAAGACAAUCAGGAUAAUUUUGACUUUGAAAGUGGAGGCUCAGCUAGGGUUGAGGGUACAUUACAGAUGACGGAAGUGUUGGUCAGCAAUUUGUUGCUGACGUCUUAUGGCAAGCAAAGUCUGAAGACUUUGCACCAUUUUAUUAAGAGCAAUAACGAAUGGGUUUUUCACGAACUUCGCUUAAAUACCACAGAGGAAGAGUGCCGUCCUAAUAAGGUGAAGCCUACCUCAAAGUCUCUAUUACAUACUAUGUUCCAUAUAGGAAACAAACCUUUCGAUGAGUUGCUGGUUGGGUUAUGGCAGCCUCACUGGUUCAGCUUAUUCCAAAUGCCAUCUGGGUUGAGCGUUGAAAGUGUUUGGUAUCAGAUGUCACAGAGAUGGGAGUUUAGAGAUAUUAACUCCAGUAAACUAUCCACACAUGAUGUGCAGAUUAUAACCAAGUUGUCGUCAUGUUUUAAAUAA